AUUUUUUAUUAAAAUGCAUAUUCGCGAUAAGUAUAUUGACAGAGUUACAUACAAAGAUACAGAUUAGAUAAGCAAGUAAAAUUUAAGUAAAUUUUUUAGUGAAGAAUAAUUUAAAAGAGCUAAUGAAUUUUUCUAAUAACUUCCUGAUAUCGAUCUUUAAGCAGAAAAAAUAAGAUGUCCAAAAUGCAACUAGCUUCACAAAGUUUAUUGUUUAAAAUGUGGUGAAUUACUUGUUGACAAAUAAUCAAUACCAAAAAUAGAAUUACCUUUAAAUUUAUUGAUUCUUCAUCAUGACAAAGAAAAACAUCAAAAAAGUUCGGCUAUUCCAGCAAAAUUCUUAAGUGCUUAAGUAGAAGUAAAAGAUUUUCCUUGUGAUUUUGAAUUUGAUGAAUAUACUUAUGUGCUCUAUCCUCAUUAAAAUGCUAAAUACAUAAAAGAUUUAUCAUUAGAGGAGAUUCAGAGUAUUAAAAAAUUUGUAGCAAUCGAUUGUACUUGGCAUUAAACUGGAGCAAUUUUAGAGACAAUCUAAAAGAAAUAUCCUAAUUAAAAAUAUUUAAAAUUAGAAGAUUAUUAAACAUAUUUUUGGAGAUAUUAACAUCAUAGUUUAAAAUGUUUAGCCACUAUAGAAGCAAUAUACUAUUGUUAUUAAGAAUAUAGCAAAGCUAUGAAGUAAAAUAAAGAUUAUUGUAAUUUGUUAUUUUUUUAUAAAUAUACAUUCUAACAAAUUAAAGAGGCUUUGAAAAAAGAAGCUGGUAAUUCAAAUGUGUAUGAAAAGAUUGAUUAAAAAAAACAACGUCGCUUAAACUCUAAAUUGAAUGCUAAAAAAGAAAAGUAAUUUUUAAAAUUGAUAUGA